GCUUUUCCCCUGCUGCAAGAGGCCCGCAUCUAUCACCUCUCCGGCCGAGAGGUGGUUUCUGAACGAACAAAGCCCCGUGUGCGGCACUUUCUGUCGGAGGUGUUCCUGAUCAUUGGAGGCUGCACUAAAGAUGAACGCUUCAUCUCCACUGUCACCUGUUUGGACCUCAGACGUAGCAGGCUGGAGGUUGCCAGGCUCCCAAUGACAGAGAUGGAGGAUGAAUCCCAAAACAGGAAAUGGGUUGAGUUUUCCUGCAUCACCUUCCGCAAUGAAGUGUAUAUAUCUGGAGGUAAAGAGACACAGCACGAUGUUUGGAAAUAUAAUGGGGCCCUGGACAAGUGGAUUCAAAUUGAGCCCCUGAUAACUGGGCGCUGGAGACACAAGAUGGCAGUUCAUGGGGGAAAGGUGUAUGCACUGGGUGGAUUUGAUGGUGUUCAGAGACUCGAUAGCGUGGAGGCCUAUGAUCCCUUUCACAACCGCUGGGCACAGGUGACACCUCUUGCAGUAGGCGUGAGCUCCUUUGCUGCUGCAAGUUUUGACAGAUGGAUCUAUGUGAUUGGUGGCGGGCCGAAUGGAAAGUUGGCAACUGAUAGGGUUCAGUGCUGGGAACCUGGGACUGACAGCUGGGAACUGCGGGCGCCCAUUCCCCUCGAAACCAAAUGCACUAAUGCAGUCACAUUCAAGGACUGCAUCUAUAUAGUUGGUGGUGCCAUGCAUGCCAUGUACUGCUACUCACCUCUGUCAGACUCGUGGUGCCUUGUGACCCGUCUAGGCGAGAGGGCGAGCUGCGCCAUCGCUGCCUGUAACAACAAACUCUUCAUCACUGGGGGACGGGAUAACAAGAACCAAGUUAUCUCCACAGUGAUGUGCUGGGACUCUUCCCGAGGGGCGUUAACGGAGGAGUGUGUUUUACCGAUGGGAGUGUCGCACCACGGCAGUGUGACACUCAUGAAGUCCUACACACACAUACACAGAAUAACAUCUCCUUCAGAGUGCCAAUGAUACAGACUCCUGUGAACAGCCCAAGAAAAGUGAUAAUUAAGAAGAUCAUUUUUUUGGAUGCAUUGCUAUGUUAAUUUCUUGUAAAUGUAUGCCACUUUGGAAUACUACCAGUGAAUCACUAUGUUAUAUGAUUAAAAAUGAUGUACUAAUUGGUAUAUAAGAAGUAACCAAGACAUACUGGACAUUGUUUCAUGGCUUUCAGUUAUCAUGAAGAUUUCAAAACAUGCUGAGCAAUAUUUGGAUGAAAUCAAUAUAUGCAUAUAAUAAUAACUUAAGAAAUGCAUACCAGCACGAGGUGUGACUUUUUUUAGGA